UAAAAUGAUAAUCAUAAUAAUAUCGUUGACAUAGUCAAAGAAGAGGAAAUAUACAUGCACCGAGCGAUGAAGGCCGGAAAAGCAAUAAUGAUAGUGGCCAUGUGCCUGGCCGUUGCGGCGGAAACGGUGCAUAGCGAAUCGUCGUACUACAGCACGACCAAGGCGGCGAAGGUGAUGAAGGAGAAGAUGACACGUGUCCACUUCUACCUCCACGACAUCCUGAGCGGCCCAGACCCAAGCGCCGUGAGGAUCGCGCACGCGAACGUGACGGCAGCGGAGGACUCGCCGGUGGGAUUCGGGAGCCUAUUCGCGAUCGACGAUCCGAUGACGGUGGGGCCGGAGGCGGGGUCGAAGGGUGUGGGGAACGCGCGUGGGAUGUACGUAUCGUCGAGCAAAGACAUGAAGAACUUCACCAUCGUCAUGUACGUGGACUUCGGCUUCACGACGGGGAGAUUCAACGGCAGCUCCUUCUCGGUGUUCUCGAGGAACCCAGUUGGCGAUGGAGCCCCCGUUCGCGAGGUUGCGGUGGUCGGAGGCCGUGGCCGGUUCAGGAUGGCUCGAGGCUUCGCCAAGAUCAGGACCCAUCACAUCGAUAUGAAGACGGGUGAUGCUAUUCUCCGUUAUGAUGUUACUCUCAUCCAUUAUUGAUGAUUCUAUUCGAAUCAUUUAAUCUUUUAUUAUAAUAAAUGUGUAUUUCCCUAA